UGAUCCCAAAGAACUCAAAUAGUAACCAACAAAGGCCAUAAUGAAAGCCUUAACAUUAAAAGCGAUGUUCGCUUUGCUCUUGGUUUGUCUGGUAGAAGGAAUGUCCGGAAUACAAACCGUUGAUUCACUAGCGAAAAACGCUUGGAAUAAAGCCGAUGAAAAGCCUAUCUUUACGCGCUUGUAUGCAGUUGAGGAAGUAGUUCGUGAUCUAGAUACCAAAAUAAAAGUAAUGGAAAAGAGUCUGUUGGAAGUAUUGAAAGACUCUGCAUAUACACCGUCAUCGAGUGAAAAACGUACGGCAAGGUCUGUGGCUGGAAAUGUUGCGUUUUCCGCUUAUCUUAGUCGCUCAAUUGAUCACAUAGGGCUAGGACAGGUAAUAAAAUUGGACAGAACAGUAUUGAACGACGGAAAUGCUUACAACAUCGCAACAGGUAUUUUCACUGUGCCAAUUACUGGGGUCUACCUUCUUUCAAUGUCUGUCGAUAGUUAUGCUGAGACGCACGUGACGCUUAUGGUCAACAGUGCCCGCGUUGCCGACCUCAUAUCUGAUGCGACGCCGCAAAGACAUGAUAUGGAAAUUAUGAGCAGCAACACAAUCAUUAUACGUCUGUAUCAAGGCCAGAGUGUCUGGAUGGAAGUUACUAAGGGUGACGAUCCGCAAAUAAUUGGCAAUGAAAAUUGGCGUUACACGACGUUUUCCGGACUGUUGAUGUACUAGAAGUGCUGACGAAACUGACAAAAGUCGUUAACCGAUUGUUAAUACAGACAAAACAGAAAAAUUCAUAAGCCGAAUACGAUGUCGUGCAUUCUUUCAAUAUAUUGCAUAGCUCAAUGGCAUUAGAUAAUUGCUUGUGUUUGAUAAAAAUAAUAUCAAUAAUAAAGCAUUGCACUCUG